GUCGCAGUCGACCGACGCCAUGAUAAAGCUGAAGUUGAAUGGCUAUGCCGAAUUCUAUUAACGGUCUACGGCUUAUACACAAGUGAGUUCGAUUACGUUACAAACUCACAUUUUCAUUGUGCAUCAAGUUCAAAGUUGACCAGCUCAGAGAUUAUUAGUGCAUUUAACCAGUUCAUUAAUACAGUCCGCUCUUUUAUUGAGCAUCAAGUUCAAAGUUCACCAGCUCAGUGGUCAUUAGUGCAUUUCACCAGCUCAUUAUUGCAGUCCGCUCUUUCAUUCAGUAGUGUACAUUUAUUUUGGAAAUACUCAACCAGCAAACUCAUCAAUAAGUGAAAUCAAAAAUUAGCAGUGGGCCGAUUUCUAGACGACGUCGCAGCGUUCGCGUCGGUCCGAGUGUCGUGAAGUAGGAACACGGACGUAUGGGAAAUGGGAACCGAUCCAACCUUAUAUGUCAGCUGUCAUGCAGUUAUGUCACGUGGAGAAAAGAAAAAGAAGAAAAGUGUCAUUACGUCACGAGCCGAGCAAUGCCUGUCAAGCAAGCAAUAUUUAUUAUUCAGGAAUAAAUUGCUGUUGAGUUUUAAUAAAUAACUACAGUGUUCAAUUGAUAAUAACUUUCAAAGUAUCCAAUAUCAAACAGACUGAUUCAACAUGGUCGUGUAAGGUUUCCCAAGUAGUCUUACAGACCUCCUGCAUAAAGAUAUUGGUGGUCGAUACAAGUGUUUUGAAUCCCAAUUUUUCAUCAAAAUGUCCCAUUCAGGAAGUAGCAUACCAGGAAAACGAAAAGAAAUAUAUAAAUAUGUGGCCCCAUGGCCUCUAUACAGUAUGAACUGGUCAGUUAGACCUGACAAACGUUUCCGCCUGGCAUUGGGAAGUUUUGUAGAAGAAUAUAACAACAAAGUGCAAAUUGUUUCAUUGGAUGAAGAAACCAGCGAGUUUGUGGCCAAAAACACUUUUGAACAUCCAUACCCCACCACAAAGAUUAUGUGGAUACCAGAUAGUAAGGGAAUAUUUCCAGAUUUGCUGGCUACUAGCGGAGACUACCUCAGAGUAUGGAGAGCUUCAGACCCAGAUACGAGACUUGAGUGUGUUUUGAACAACAACAAAAACUCUGACUUCUGUGCACCUUUGACAAGCUUUGACUGGAACGAAGUUGAUCCAAACCUAGUUGGAACUUCUUCGAUUGACACUACUUGUACAAUAUGGGGUCUUGAAACUGGACAGGUAAUGGGCAGAGUAAAUUUAGUAUCCGGACAUGUUAAAACCCAACUAAUAGCACAUGACAAAGAAGUAUAUGACAUAGCGUUCUCAAGAGCUGGAGGAGGAAGAGAUAUGUUUGCUUCAGUUGGUGCUGAUGGAUCUGUUAGAAUGUUUGACCUGCGACAUCUGGAACAUUCUACUAUAAUCUAUGAGGAUCCUGCGCACACACCUUUGCUAAGACUCGCCUGGAAUAAACAAGAUCCAAAUUAUUUGGCAACCAUUGCAAUGGACUCUUGUGAAGUUAUAAUUCUUGACGUCAGAGUACCUUGUACUCCGGUAGCAAGGUUGAACAAUCACAGAGCUUGUGUUAAUGGAAUUGCAUGGGCACCACACUCAAGUUGUCAUAUCUGCACAGCAGGCGAUGAUCACCAAGCUCUCAUAUGGGACAUUCAACAAAUGCCCAGGGCAAUAGAGGACCCUAUUCUCGCAUAUACAGCUGCUGAAGGCGAAGUUAAUCAGAUUCAAUGGGGCGCAACACAGCCCGAUUGGAUUGCAAUCUGUUACAAUAAGUCUUUGGAGAUCCUGAGGGUGUAAAAUGGGGCAAUAUAUUACUAAAAUGUUCUGGAUACAAAAAUUCUUUAUUUUCAAGAGGUUUAUAAUUUGAACUUUAUUAUCAAUACUUGACACAGAACACAAAAGUGAUCCAUUGACCAUUAGGACCAUUAAGAUUUUUACAGAUGGGGUAGUUUGUUCGUUUUUUUCUCGCUAAAUGGCAGCGUUAAUGACCAAGUUCAGGAAUGAACUCAAGAGCAUGAUUUGUACAUAUAAUUUUCAAUAAUUUAUUUUUUUUACAUUUGUUGUUCAAUGAUAUGUAUCAAAUUAUUGCAUAAAUAAAUACCGAUAGUCGAGUUGACAUGUCUGUCCAUGUUUGGAGCAGUGAAAUGCUUUCCAAGUGACGUAAUAUUGAUUUGACAUUAGAACUAAACAUUUGGCAUAGUCGUAAAUUAUACUGCCAGACUUUAUUUUUCCGAAACUGUUCGAAAAAAGCAGUGAUUUAAUUGUGAAAGGAAACAUUGCAGUCCCUUGAAGAUGAAACUUAUUUCUUGGCCUAUAAUGACGCAAUAAAAUCAAUGUCGAAUACAUACAGCACAUGCUGGUAAAAACUUUCCCAUUUGAUUUUAUUUGUACUUUCGAAGUUUGGAAAUAAUUUUUGACAGCUCUAUUAAAAUAUACAUAUUGUUUGUAUACUUAAGUUGAUUUAUUGAUAGACCUGCCGAAAAGACAAUUUUAUUCUGAUUAAGAUAUUGAAGAUGGUGUUAAUUUAUUGCUUGCCUACACUGCUCACAAUGAUAUCAAAUUGUCAAAUGAAUACAUACAUUUCACUAUGUUAAGAAAAUAGUGUUUCAGGAUGAUGACUGAAAUGUAUGCAUGCCAAGCCUCGUAUUGUACGCCUUUCAGCUCAUUAGUUUUACAUUGUGAAAAGCUUUAUGUAAUUUUAGAAUUAAUUUCACUUGUAAAGUUUCAAUAGUAUAUUCUGCGUGAUUCAAUCAAGUCCUGAAUUUAUUGCUUUCACAAUAAUUAGGAUUUUAGUUUAUAAAUUCAAUAAUGCUUUGUCAAUUAGAUAAGUAUCUUCCGACAAUUAAAGUUGAUUUGAUUUAGAGUAUUAUUUGCAUACAGGAAUCAAUUAAAUUAGUUCAGCUUUCCAAUUUCCCGAUACUUUUCAAAAUCUCUAUUGGAGAGUUAUAAUUUUUCAAUUUUGAAAUAUGUAAGCAGUUUUUUACUUAAGUUUUAGGUGUAUAUAAUAUAUCAAUCACACAUCUUUUAAAACUCGGGCAAGUGACAGCUUCGACUUUUUAUUAUUUUUCGGCUGCUGUUAACUUUGACUCAUUCUGCAAAAUCUGCAUUACACAGUGAGAUCAUAUUGAUGAGAUUCAACUUUUCACAAUUUUUUUAGUGAGUAUAUAUUAUGAUAGAUGAGGUCACAUUGACGUCACUCGAAAAAGUUAGAUGAUUGUGUGCAAAAUAACAAAACUAUUUUGGUUGAAAGUUGAUUCCACCCCCUACCCUUAACUUCCCUCCCUCUUAAAAUCAACCAAUGUAUCUCUUCUUGUUAGCCUUUUUAUAAUUAAUUUAAGGGAUAAUAAUUAUAGGUAUGUGAUACUUUAUUUAUAAGAGGAAUAAUGUGUGUGUGUGUGUUUUAUACAUGAAUAGUUGUACAUAAUUUAAGUUGUUUUUGUCAAUGUAAAGGCAAAAAUGUCGGGGGUAUUUUUAGCAUAAAAGCCCCAUGUAUAAUUCAAUCUUCCAAAUAAAACUGAUAUUUUUUGUGACUGCCCAAGAUACCUUUUUUCUGAGAUAGCCAGGUAAAUCAGCCAAACAGUUUUUUUUAGAAAAUAAUUCUUCAUUACAUACCAAGGUUGCGGUACUAUUUUGUACCUUCUUCAGAUACCGUUAGUGUUUAUACUGAACAAAAUACUGACAUAGGUUUUCUGAACCGAAAUAAAUAAUUUACUACUUGAAAUCGGAACUGGCGUGUUUUUUUAGACAGUCACCAGUUUAUUAAUGCUUUUUUCUUAAAUGUAACCAGUAUGAAUUGGGGAAUACCUAGAAUUUAGUAUAACUCUGUUGUAGAGAUAUGCAACCUAGCAGUGGCGGCUCGAAAGAUUAAUUGUAGAUGUGUAGCAACCAGUUUUUUGGUUGGUAAUAGGAUGUAACCAUGGUUCUCAUAAUAAUGUUCUGUAAUGAAGUGAACUGAAAAUGGGUAAAUGGUAUAAUGAAUAUCAUUGUACACCUGAUAUCUUGGCAGGACUUAUUAAAAUUGAAAUUAAACUUUUUAUAUUUGUUAUACUUUCUAGUGUUGUUUAGAUUAAGGGAAAUGUAAAUUAUAUUUAAGUUUAAUUGCAUCACGGAUGGUGUAUUGUAAGGUUUUCUAAUUGCAAACUAUUGCUAAAUAAAUGAAUGGAAAAAUAUUUUAUAUAGUAUUAUUCCAGAUUUUAUCCACUAACCAUACACCAAACCGAAUUUGAAAAAAAUCGUUUAUAGUUCUGCAGUACAUCAGGAAAUAUUGAUUGAGUCGCCACUGAUAACUAGUAAUAAAUAAUAGGUUAUAUAGUGUUUCAUAUAAACUUUCACAGAUUGAAUC